GAUAGAAACAAAAAAAAACAAAAAUAAUACUAGACGACCACUUGGUAAUUGUAACGGAAUUGGUAUUGAUUUACACACUACGUCUAGUACCAUUGAAAGCCAAGUCAUGCUGUAAUUAAAAACAAAAAAGGCCAUUAAUUCAUUCUCAGUGAAAACAUAAUCAUAUGUAAAUUCAUAAACAGGAGGGUGAUAGAAGUUUGCGUCAACUUGGGAAUGGAGUGUUGUCUACUUGACCGAUUGAAAAGCCAUGGUUAUCCACACGAUUAAUUGUCUAGUUAUCUUUCGUUCCUGGAAUAGUUUUUGUUUGACGUGCAAGCAUCUGAUUCAGCGCCUCCUCUGGUCUAUAAGAAUUUUUUUUAUUGAUUACAUUUAAACUAAAUCUAUUUUAACAGAACAUUUAAAUUAUAUCGACAGAUAUUUUGUUCACAUAUAUUAUAAAUAAAUAAAUAACGUCAUAUAUAACAUGUUUUGGUAAUCAUGUAUUAUAAAUUUAGCUCGCAUAUUUCGUUCACAGGUUCACACCAUUUAAUUCAUAUCACUGUUCUCGUGUUUCUAGCUAAAACAAUCGCAUUUACAUAUUUAUCAAAUAUUAAGCUAACCGAGUAACUGACAAGAUCUUCUUCUUCUUCUUCUUCUUCUCCUUCUGGUAAAACUUGAAUGCCAAAUAGAGAGAGAGAGAGAGAGAGUGUGUGUGAGCUUUCAACACUUAUCAUUAUUAAUUAUUGCUGCCACCCAUUCGAGAACACUGCUUUCUCUUGAAGUGGUUCUGUAUUGGAGUAUGUGGAUUACAUCUAAUGAAAGGGAGAGCAAACAAAAGUGAGCACGGCGCCGAAAUUUAGAGUCCCCUUCAUACAUGUGUGCUCAUGACAAGAGUUAUGAGAAUGGUUUUAUUCAAUAUUGAAAAGAAAAUAAAAAAUAAAUCGCUAAAUUUAUUUUUCUUUUCUGGUUUCUUUAGAGUCGCUGAAAUAUUGGAAUGGGUCUUUUCGGUUUAUAAAAUAGAUUGGUAAUUGGAGUACUAUAGUAGAAGAUGGGAUGAUAUAUGAACUCCUACUUGCCCAUCUCUAUUUUGGCUCGUCCACAAUCACCCAAAUAGAAAAAUUGAGUGAAGAAGACUGUUGUUUGUCUUGCUCUACAUCUCAAACCCAAAUUCACACAAUAUGCAUAUAAUAUCUGGAUAUAUAUUAUCAUGCCUCCAUUCUUAUAUUUUAAAACAUAAUAAUUUGCACGUUCUCUUCCACGUCAAUUUCAUCACUUCCCGAACGCUUGCCACUAUCCCCCCCCACCCCUCCAUAAUCACCGCUCUUUACAUUCUUCUCUCAUGCCCCUCUCCCUCCCAGCUCCCUCUUUAGUUUUUGGGAACUAAGACCGCUUUCUUUCAUCGUCUUACUCUUUCGCUCUCAAAACUGAUUGCUAAUAAAAGACCAUGUCUACUGUUUCACGGUACCUCUUAUCAUUUAUAUAGAAUCAACCUCGGAGACAAAAAACCUAGCUACAAACGUUAUGAAUAAGCUCUUAGAUUGGCCCGAACCAAUAGUUCGUGUACAAUCCUUGUCCGACAGCGGCACACCCCUGAUUCCUGAGCGAUAUGUCAAGCCCCCGCUAGAGAGGCCAUCCAUAAAUUCCACUACUUCAAUGGAUGUGAACAUCCCUGUUAUUGAUCUUGUCGGACUAUACGGUGAUGAUCAUGCCCUCCGUGCCGCUAUACUUGACCAAAUUUCUAUAGCAUGCCGGGAGUGGGGAUUUUUUCAAGUGAUUAACCAUGGUGUUAGCCCUCAAUUGAUGGACCGUGCCCGAGAAGCAUGGAGGCAGUUCUUUCAUUCGCCCAUGGAGGUUAAGCAAGCUUAUGCAAACACACCCAAGACUUAUGAAGGUUAUGGUAGCCGGUUAGGGGUUGAAAAAGGUGCCAUACUUGAUUGGAGUGAUUACUACUUCCUCCACUAUCUUCCUUCAACAUUGAAGGACUGUAACAAAUGGCCUACCAUUCCAGCUGAUUGCAGGGAAGUGCUUGAUGAAUAUGGCAAGCAAUUGGUGAAGCUAUGUGGGAGGUUAAUGAAGGUUUUAUCAAUAAACCUUGGAUUAGGAGAGGAACGACUUCAAAAUGCAUUUGGCGGCGAAAAUAUUGGGGCAUGCCUCAGAGUUAAUUUUUACCCCAGGUGUCCACAGCCUGACCUGGCCCUUGGUUUAUCAUCGCAUUCGGAUCCCGGUGGCAUAACCCUUCUCUUGCCAGACAAUCAUGUCCCUGGUCUUCAGGUUCGUAAAGACGAGAAUUGGAUUACUGUAAAACCAGCUCCACAUGCUUUUAUUGUUAAUAUUGGUGAUCAAAUUCAGGUGCUAAGCAAUGCAACUUACAAGAGUGUGGAGCAUAGAGUGAUAGUAAAUUCAUCGAAAGAGCGUGUCUCUCUUGCUUUCUUCUACAAUCCAAAGAGUGAUAUACCCAUAGAGCCAUUGAAGGAGCUUGUGGCGCCUGACAGACCUCCACUCUAUCCAGCGAUGACAUUUGAUGAAUACAGACUCUUCAUAAGAAUGAGAGGUCCCCGUGGCAAAUCCCAAGUGGAGUCUCUAAAAUCUCCGUGAUGAUGGUGACGAUAAUAUUUAGGAAAUUUUUUUUCUAGAUAGUUUAUUACAUUAUUGUAAAUCACAAGCAAACACCCCCUUCAUUGGUUAGAAUUUGAGCAACUAUACAUCUUGUAAUCAUAGAGGAGAAUGCCUUGAAAAAAAAAUCGUGAAUUUAUGAUAUAACUAAGCGGCAAGAUAAAUAAAAAAUGAGAAAAAAUAUUCUAUACUUCCA